CUUGCAUCAAUGUUGUAAACGUGACGCAUACUCUCGCGAGAUGAGAUUUGUGACGUCGGUUGCAGCCGAGACGUUGGAUGUAAAUGGCGUUGUGGGACGUUUAAGCAGCGAUCCAGGAUUGCGGGUUUUAUAAAGAAAGUUAGGAUUGCUGGACGGUGUGUCAUAUUACCUGCAUGUGUAAAGCAAGCCUUGGAACACAUUAUUAAGGAGAAGACCAUAAAAUGAUGGAAGUAUUCAGUUCCGACAAAAGUUCUUUGGACAAGUAUAUCAACCUUGAAGAUUAUGUUUUAUGUCGAAAAAGGAAAGAGCCAUUAAUUGAUAUAAAUGAACUGCCCUAGUGAGACUUGGUCAGCAUGUGGUUUACAGUAUAUUGUACAAAUGAAUUCAGAUGUUAGGUCCGAGACCGCUUUUCAGUGUAAUCUUUGUCUAAAGAAAGGACCACUCUAUUGCAUAAUGCAACAUCUCAAAAGCUUCAAGCACAGACUGAAUUAUAUUCGUCAAAAGUAUGACCACAUCCUGCCUUUAUAUGGAAAAAAUACUCCUUUUUAUGAACAAGAAUUAAUCCUCAGAGAACAGGCAAAAGAAAUUGAGCAAAGUGAAGGGUCAAAUAAAAUGAAGAUUUCAAUAAACCUCACAGCCACUGGAGUUUAUAAAGACGAUUUUUGGAAAUAUAACCUGAUAAGACAUCAGAAGAUGAGUGCUUUGAAAGAAAAAAUUUUACAUUUAGCUGACCAACAAGAGGCCGUCUUAAAAUAUUUGGAUUCCUUUACAAUUAGAUCCCAAGAAGAAGCAAAUAUUGUGCAGGAUCUAACCAACAAACUUGAAGCUGCGGUGCAGGUGUUUAAUCAGUAUACUAAACAAAGCAGGACAGAAACAUCAGAUUCAUACAAAAAGAACAAGAAGCAUGAAUACAAGGAUAAAGAAUACCCAGAAAACAAAGGUCAUAAAAGGAGAAAAAGAAAAUCUCCAUGGAAAGAAAAUCAAACAUAUUUUGCUGCUAUUGCUUCCUGCUCAGAUGAGGUAUUGAAACCAGACUCAGAUGGAAAUUCAGCCACAGCAGAGGAAUGCAAAGAAAGCUCAAAAGCAUUGAGAUCUUCUAUGGAUAUUUUGUCUUCCUUCACUUUGUUUUCCGACGCAGCAUCUGAGUUUAAAAGUGAAACCAGAAAAGCAAUACAGGAUAAACAGUACUUGGCCCAUUGCUCAUCUGUCUCUGUCAGCGAGGAGUUUAAAGAAUCUUCAUUUGAUACAAGAGAAGCCCCAGAAGCUGAUGACGAGAAUAAAAACAGUGUUAAGACAUCAGAACAGAUCCAGUCAAGACCUGCCUGGGUCUGCAGGACCAAAAGUACUGGUAAAUGCUACAGAAAUACUAAAUGGGAAUCACUGUUUGCAAAUGAUGCAUCUUCUCAGAAACCAUUAACUCCAUUCAAAUGGGGUUCAAAGUUGACAUCUUCAUUUGAUAGUACAAAUAUAAAUCCUGCAGAUGAACAGUCAAAAAGAAGAGCCUCUACAGAACUUCUGUCAUCGUUUACCUUGUUUAAUCGGGGGAACAGCACUGACCAAACACAUAACAGUGAUCCAUCAUGGACAAGACUUUCAAGUCCACCUUCAGAAGAUAACUCUAGCAACUCACAUAAAGGCAAAGAUAAUUGUAAAGAAAAAGACCUGGAAGAUAAUGAAGAUUAUUGUGCAGCUGAUUCCUCCUGUUCUGUCACCUGUGAUAUGGAUGCAUAUGUAACUCCAGUUAAAGAUCAAAUUUAUGUUUCAGUAACCCAUAGUAAUUUAAGCAAUCCUCUGGGUGAUAUAGAUAUGACAAAAAAACCUAACCAAAUCACAGCUGGGCAAAGUGCAGACUUUCAAUUAGAAAGAGAUGAGAAGACAGAAACAGAACAGGAUUUGUGUAAAAAAUCUUGUGCACAAUAUCUAGAUAUUGAGGAUGCCACUACCAGCACCCCACAGGCAAACAUUGCUCACACAGAAAGCACACCACUUACUCCAGAGCUGCUUCAGCUUCUUAAAGGCAAAGAUGUGAAUCUUAUUACUGAAACUCUGAAGACCAUUUCUCCUUUUUAUCCUGCUCUUCAAAAGGUCAAUCUUGAAGAGUUGGCAAAGGUUAUAAGUGAAACUGGAGCAUUAGAGUGAUGCAUACUGCAAGAAAAACAAGAGAGAUGAAAUGCAGUCCUCAAACAAUAUUGUGUAGCUUGUUCUCAAGCAACAUCUAUAACAGAUUAUCAGUACUACUUUGUGCGCCAACAGCAUGUCUUAACCAUAUGAUCUUUUUUUUGUUUUUAAUUUCUGCAAGCUGUUUGGUGUCAUAGAAUGUGACAGUAAAUCUUUCUGAACCUACCUAAAUGGCAACAAGUUUCAGAAUUGGCUUGUUUGUUGGAUAUGUGUGCUUUAUGUCCAAGAGAAUAUGCUAUUUGUGCAUAGUGAGCCACAAAAGAAGCCCCAUUCUAAAGCAGCUGCAACUGUAUAAACAUGAAGGCAAAUAACACAUUAUCAGAAGACCUUGUUGCUGCCUUGGCAGACAAAACUGUAUUGCAGUUAUCUACUAAGUAAUGUGUGUAAGCGCUGACAAGGUUGAGUCCUGAUGUACUGUGUUUGGAAUAAACUUGGCCUGCUGUUUAACUAGACCAAAUUAUUUUUGGAAAUAAAGCAAUUCGGUGUGGCAUCAACCCAAUUUGAAAUUAUGAUAAUGCUCCAUGAGAUUCUCUCAGUCAAGACUGCUUAACAUUAUGCUUGUAUGCAUUUUUUUUGACUGCUUGAAGAUUUAAGUAUGUCUCACAAACACAUUGUGUUUGCUUAUUAUAAUGGCUUAAGCCAUUAUGAACCAAUCAACAUUUCAUUGACUGUGUUUUCAUGUCACAUUCCAAGAUGCAUUUCUGCUACAGUGGAUUAAAACAAGAGGUAAAAGGUUCAUCAAAAGCCUGCUUGUGUUGCUGUAUGAUGCCAUCUCCUGAAAACAGUAAAACUGAAACCGAAUGAUAGCAUAAUUGAUUUACAGUAGUACUGAUGUUACUUGUAAAUUUAGUUCUGAGUUCCUUGCUUAGUAAAAUUUAUAAAGAAGAGGUUAUUACACUGCACAAAAAAAAUAUAAAAAGUUUUAAUGUAAUGAGUCAUUUGUUUUUUUUUAUAACAUUUAUCGGUGCUUAUAUUUUUGUUUUCCUACAUUUGAUAUGCAUUAAAGUAUGUCCAAAGUCCC